UACCGCAGCAGUCGCAUCGAGGAGCAUCGGUGUUUACCUGACUGUGGUGAAUGCUGCAGUCUGCGGCCACAGUUAGAUCUGCAAUCAGAAAAUGAUUCUUCCAGAAGGACUCCCACACGCGCCCAAAUCCCUGAGCAGCCACAGAGAUUUUCCCAAAGGCCCUGUGGAGGAGAAGCAGAAUUUUCUGUAGGAGCUGAUUCCGAUCCAGAGAUGUUUAUUUUCGGAUACUUUAUGGAGAAUUUUGCUAGUAAUUUACUGGGAUUUUGUCGACUGAACCUGUUUCUUCUGCAGCUUGCGGAAUGGAGAUUAAAAAAUACAAGGAACCCAGUAACAAGCGGGCGAAACCUCUGUCCCGAGUCACAUCUUUAGCCAGUCUCAUCCCGCCUUUGAAGGCUACGCCUCUGAAGCGGUUCAGCCAGACCUUACAGCGUUCUAUCAGCUUCCGAAAUGAGAGCCGGACAGACAUUUUCACCCCGAGGUCCUUUUCCAGACAAGGGGCCCCGGUUAUCACAAAACGACGAGAUAGCAAACUCUGGAGUGAAACGUUUGAUAUCCGUGUUAAUCAAAUGCUCACAGCCAAGGAAAUCAAGAGACAAGAGGCAAUUUUUGAACUUUCCCAGGGAGAACAAGUUUUAAUUGAAGACUUGAAGCUAGCAAAAAAGGCUUAUCGCGACCCUAUGCUCAAGCUCUCUAUUAUGACGGAACAGGAGCUGAAGCAGAUAUUUGGAACACUGGAUUCCCUGAUUCCCUUACACGAAGAUCUUCUGAGUCGGCUGCGGGAGGCCAGGAAACCAGAUGGGACAACAGAACGUGUUGGUCACAUCCUUGUAGGCUGGCUUCCGUGUUUAAACUCCUAUGAUAGUUACUGCAGCAACCAAGUGGCAGCAAAGGCUCUUUUGGAUCACAAGAAACUGGAUCAUAGAGUCCACGACUUUCUACAACGUUGUUUAGAAUCUCCCUUUAGUCGUAAGCUGGAUCUUUGGAAUUUCCUUGAUAUUCCACGCAGUCGAUUGGUGAAGUACCCAUUACUGCUGAAAGAGAUCCUCAGACACACGCCGAACGACCACCCAGAUAAACAGCAUCUGGAAGAAGCAAUUAAUAUUGUGCAAGGGAUUGUAGCUGAAAUCAACAAGAAGACUGGGGAAUCGGAAUGCCAGUUUUACAAGGAGAGGCUCGUCUUUCUUUUAGAGAGUCAAAAAGACCCUCUGAUCGAAAAUUCUAAGAUGCUGUGUUGUCAUGGAGACUUGAAGAACAACAGGGGAGCAAAGCUCCAUGUUUUCCUCUUUCAGGAAGUGCUUGUAAUUACCCGAGUGGUGACGUGCAGUGAACAGCUGUGCUACCAGCUGUACAGGCAACCCAUCCCUGUCAGCGAUCUGGUCUUGAAUGACCUGCAGGAUGGUGAAGUGCGAUUAGGUGGAUCCAUUCGAGGCGCUUUCAGCAAUAACGAGAGAACAAAAAACUUCUUCAGAGUAAGCUUUGUGGAUCCUUCUGAAGGGCAAUCUCACUCGCUUCAGGCCAACGAUGCCUUCAACAAGCAACAAUGGCUGAACUGCAUCAGGCAGGCUAAAGAAGCUGUACAGCGCUCAUUGAGUGAUGCGGGAACGCUAGGGUACAAAAGGCAUACCCACCUAACUCCAAAUGGGAUCAUCGUGUCCCAUCAAGAACCAAAGCUUGAAAGAAUGGACCAAUCAGACAAUGAAUCGGACUGUAGUAUGGACACCAGUGAGAUUAGUGGGGACUAUGAACAGAUGGAACAAACACACUGUUGUGUAUAUCAGAAGAGAAUAGAGACGGACGUUUGACGUCAACACAGUUUGUAGAAGUCCACGGCAUUUUACCUGUACAGUAUUUGCAUUCCAUAAGGAGCAUUUUGGAAAAGCACUUUGAUUCCUUGUGAUGGUGUUACUGCUGUUUUAAUUUUGCAUGCUUGACAAAUACUGCCAAGUGUGUUCCUGUCAGCUGGAUUUUUGUUGUCUCCACUGUUUCUGGUUUGAUGUGCUCUCUAACAUCAUCAUUUGGACGGAUAAAAUAUUGUAUGGCUAUCGACAGCGCCUUGUUUGGUUGUGUUAUGUUAUGGACCAAUUCUAAGUGGAUUGAUACAAUUUGGGAGCAGCCAGACAACAGCUCUGGUGGUUUAUGUGGAGCAUCAGGCAACAUUUGAGCGAAGCUGAACAAAGCACUCAAAAUGAAUGAAACAACAAACUCUGACCAAUUACAGUUAUAACUUAAUGGAAUUUGUUUUUCUGAAGCAAGCUGCCUAAUAUUGCUCCAUGACUGGAUAAAUUCACCACUCAAGGUAUCAUCAAUGUAACUGCUAAAUCUGCCAAACCGUGAAUGUGUUGUCUAUUAUUUUACAUUCUACAGGAUAAGUUUAAGCAGAAUGUUUUUGUCCACGCCAUGUUAUCUGUAUGUAACGUAAUGCCCAUGUACAAGAUGAGGAAUCAAAAGGACAAGCUGUAUAAGAAAAAUGAAGCCAAAGCAUAUUAAUUAUUAUUUGGAAGAAAAGUAAUGUGUUUAAUCUAAUUUAGUAAAAUUUCCAUCGUAUUUAUAGGUUUUUACAUGAAUUGUAAAACUUCUAUUUGGCCAUCGCAAUAUAUUUAAAACGUUUUGUUUUAAAACAUGAAUUUAGCAGAUAUCUAUCCAAUGACUGGACGAGGAAUUGAUGGAAAAUAGAGUGAAAGGUGGUUGUUGCAAUUUUUAAAAUUGAUAUGUAAUUACACAUAUAACCAACGAGAGACUCUUGGUCCUGGAGGUAAUAUUAUUAUUCAUUUGCUAAACUCCUUAUUUGGAAGAUAAGGAGUGAGAACAUGACAGUCAAAGGAAUAAACUGAGACAUGGUAAUUUUGUAAAAA